UUCUAAUUGCAUACAUCUUUGUUUAUCUUUUAGUUGCAUCGUAGUUGUAGACACUGGACCUGGCAACCCUCCUCGAGUGACUACGUAUUGUGAUUGUUUAUUUCCAAUAUCCACUCUCAUCAGAAUCGGUGGUAGAAAUUAAAUAUUCUACUAACCAUGACUGUAUUCGCUUUUUCUAUUUACGAAAAAGUGGAACACAGCAAAAAUCAAAUUACCCAGGAGAGAGAGAGAGAGAAAGAGAGAGAGACAAAAUAAGUGGCAACAGUGGCAAAGGAGGGAGCUUUCCAAGGCGUUGGAUACUAUCUGACAAGUCCUGUCUGCCAGAGCUAUAAAGAACCAUUUUUCCCAUUCGUAAAGAAGGGCAAGAAGUAUAAUUAAAAGAGAGGGAAGAAAAGAAGAGGCAGCUGAUUUGUUUUCUGCCUUUUCAGGCAGAGGGGGAGAGAGAGCUAGUGACUGAGAGAGAAAUGGAGAAGAAAUGGAGCUGGGGAGAGCUGUUGCUGCUAAUCAGUAUCUGCAUUUUGGGAUGGAGGGUCAGUUUUAUCAAUGGAGCUACGGAUCCAGGAGAUGUCUCUGCUCUAAAUGCCAUGUAUAGUAGUUUAAACUCGCCUCCAAUUCUAACACUAUGGAGUUCAAGUGGUGGCGAUCCAUGUGGACAAAUUUGGAAAGGCAUUACUUGUUCAGGCUCAAGGAUCACUGAAAUUUCAUUGACUGGUUUAGGACUUUCUGGAUCAUUGGGAUACCAGCUCUCAAGUUUGGCAUCUCUAAUUAAUCUAGAUGUGAGUUCCAACAAUCUUGGACCUGACAUACCUUAUCAACUCCCUCAAAACUUGCAAAAACUAAAUCUUGGAUGGAAUAACUUCAGUGGAAGCAUCCCGUAUUCUCUUUCUCAAAUGAGUUUGCUUAUUUCCUUGAACAUCAGCCACAAUCAACUUGGGAAUCAAGUGAAUGAUAUGUUUUGGAAGCUUUCUUCCUUGGCCAUGUUGGAUGUCUCUUUCAAUUCUCUGUCAGGUGCCCUUCCCCAGAGUUUUAGCAACCUUACCAGUAUGAAUGCAAUGUUUCUGCAAAACAACCAAUUCAGUGGCACUAUUGAUGUUCUUACAAAUCUUCCACUACAAAAUUUGAAUGUCGAGAACAAUCAUUUUACAGGAUGGGUUCCUGAACGAUUGAAGAACAUAAAUAUUCAGGAGGGUGGCAAUUCUUGGAGCUUUGGGCUUGCACCCCCACCUCCACCUGGUACACCUCCAGCCAACCAAGAUUACAGAUAUCAUAAGCCGGGAAAUAUUUACAGCCCACUGAGUAGUCAUGCUGCUGGUGGAGAUAGCAGAUCAGGUAUCAGUGGUGGUGCCCUUGCUGGAAUUGUUAUAUCUGUGCUAGUGGUGGGAGCAGUAAUAGCAUACAUGCUUGUAAAGAGAAGAUCCAAAAGGUCUUCCUCAGACAUAGACAAGCAAAAGCUUGGGAACUUGCCUAUCGUAUCUCCUGCUUCAAAUGGAGUGCAAGAGAUGAAGCUUGUUCAUACUUCAUCAUCAUUUGAUGCAAAAUCAUUGGAUUCUCCUGCUUCAAUCAAUCUUAAGCCCCCACCUACUGAUUCUCAUAAAUCAUUCGAUGACAAUGAUACAUCAAAGAUACCUGUAGUGAAGAAGACCAUUGUCACCCCUCCGAUAAGUGUGAAGUCUUAUUCAAUAGCAGAUCUUCAAAUGGCUACGGGCAGUUUCGAUGUAGAAAACCUUCUCGGUGAGGGAUCACUUGGACGUGUUUAUCGGGCUCAGUUUGAUGAUGGGAAGGUUCUUGCCGUGAAGAAAAUAGAUUCAGCUGCCUUCCCUAGAGGAUUGUUGGAAGAUUUCACAGAGAUAAUUGCUAAUGUAUCUCAGUUGCAUCAUCCUAAUGUAACCGAGCUAAUGGGUUAUUGCUCGGAGCAUGGCCUGCAUUUGCUAAUAUAUGAGUUCCAUAAGAAUGGCUCGCUACAUGACUUUUUGCACAUAUCAGAUGAAUAUAGCAAGCCACUGACCUGGAACUCCCGUGUCAAGAUUGCUUUGGGGACGGCUCGUGCAUUAGAGUACCUGCAUGAAGUUUGUGAACCGUCAGUUGUUCACAGAAAUAUUAAGUCAGCCAAUAUCUUAUUAGAUGCUGAAAUUAAUCCUCAUCUCUCUGAUUGUGGCCUGGCUAGCUUUAUAACCAAUCUUGAUCAGGCAUUAGAUCACCAGGUAGGAUCUGGGUACAAUGCCCCUGAGGUUACCAUGUCGGGUCAAUAUAUAUUGAAGAGCGAUGUAUACAGCUUUGGAGUGGUUAUGUUGGAACUUCUAAGUGGGCGUAAGCCAUUUGAUAGUUCAAGGCCAAGAGAUGAGCAAUCCUUGGUUCGAUGGGCUACACCUCAGCUCCAUGACAUCGAUGCCUUGACGAAAAUGGUUGAUCCUGCUCUUAAAGGACUCUACCCAGUCAAGUCUCUCUCGAGAUUUGCAGACGUUGUGGCUCUUUGCGUCCAGCCGGAGCCUGAAUUUAGACCACCUAUGUCAGAGGUGGUGGAGUCAUUGGUUCGGCUUGUGCAGAGAUCCAACAUGAGCCGAAGAACGUUUGGAAGUGAUCAUGGAUCAUCCUUUAGAACUGAUGAUCCUGAUGCACGAGAGACAUCUUAACUGGCUUCUUCUCACUAAAAACACAGUUCUCCAAAUUUAUAUAUAGAA